AGCCGUCCUGGAGGGAAGCAGACUCCACUUGCUGCAGUAUUUUCCACAACGGAUGGGAGAGUCAGUGAACAAGGAGGCCAUUAUGAGGACCAUGUGGCUGCCCCUUGCUGGGGGCGUUCUCCUCCUUCCAGGCUAUGUCUCUGUGCUGGCUGCUCAGCUGACUGGCCCUGGGGAGAUGAGCGGGGUCCUGGGCCAGUCUGUGUCUGUGCCGUGUCAAUACAUGGAAAAAUACCAGACAAAAAAAAAAUACUGGUGUGGAGGAGAAAAUUGGGAAUCUUGCUCCAAAGUCGUGGAGAGCAUGGGGUCUGAGGAUGAGGUGCGGCAGGGCAGAGUCUCCCUCCGAGACAACCACCUCCUGCACACGUUCACCGUGACCCUGGAGAACCUCACCCUGGAGGACAUGGGGACCUACUGGUGUGGGAUAAACCAAUUUGGACAGGAUCUUAAUGCCCCAGUGAAGGUGACUGUCUUCCCAGAUCUCUCCGCCACAAAGAUGGUGAUAACAGCUGGAUUUAUCUCCACAGUAAGCAGCACUGUGAGCCCCAGGAUGACCACACAUGCCAGCCCUGCAAGCUCUAUUUUCACCAACCCCAUGUUCCUGUUGCCAAUGGUCAUCUUGGUUUUAAUCCUACUGAUAGGCAUCUUGGGUUUUCUUCUGGCAAGGAGGAGGAUGCUGAAGAGGCAAGAGGCUGAUGCAGUCCUUGAAACAACCCCAGGAUCAAGUGAGGCUCCAGAGGAAGCAAAAAGUGACAUUGUCUAUGCAAAUGUGACUACAAAGCCCAGAAAAUCUAUACAUCAAUCUCUCACAUCCAGCUCUACCCAGCCUGAGCACUGCCCUGAAAGUGUGGAAUACGCCUGUGUGGCUCCAGAGGAAGCAAAAGGUGACGUUUUCUACACAAGUGUGACUACAAAGCCCAAAAAAUUGAUCAAUCAAUCUCCCACACUCAGCUUUUCCCAGCCUGAGCACUGCCCUGAAAGCGUGGAAUACUCCUGUGUGGCUCCAGAAAGGACCAUGGUUUCUUACUCCACACUGAAGUUCCCCAUGCUGGAGUUGGAGGCUUAUUCUGCCAACAUGGAUGUGUCCUCCAGACCAGCCCUUUGGACAGGGCCCUUGGAAAGAACAGAGUACUGCUGGAUGAAAAGGAAGUAGGUCCCUGUGGACCUCUGUGCUUCUCUGUUGGAGCAUGUUGGACCUUGCUUUUCUUCCCCUGCAGCUGUGGGGAAGGGCUGGGAUUCCAUAUGGGGCCUGAAGGCUUCAGGCAGCUGAGGUGAGCUGGUAGUGGGAAAGCCCCUCCAGUUUCAACAAAUGCCGGCUGGAACCAGAUUGAGAUAAAAGAAGGGUCUGGCACAUCUCGGAAGCAUGUGGGGCAACAAGGAGCCCUGUGGAAAGGCAGGCAGAUCUCCAUCUUUUGAUCUUUGGAGUAUAUUUUGGUCAUGCCUUGUACUUUCUCAUGCCAAUUAAAGCUUCAAAAAAAC